AUGGAUCCUGAAUUAAAUCCAACAACAGCUAACAACUCACUGAUGUAUCAAGCCAUUGUAGAUGACAAAUUGGAAGAUCUUAAAUUGUUAUUAGAAAAUGGAAUUAAUGUAAAUGAGCCGAUAAUAACAACUGGAAAAUUUGCUGGAUUUACAGCAUUGCAUGUUGCAUGCAUGAAAAAUAAAGAUGACUUGGUAGAGUUGUUAGUUAAUGAUUAUAAAGCAGAUGUAAAUGCAAUGGCUGCUGACGGGACUGAACCCAUUCAUUUGGCUUGUUUUUAUGUACCACUAGACGGACAAAGCAAUAUGAGGUUCAUAAUAAGAACAGGCAUUAAAACAAUAAAAAUAUUGGUGGAAGCUAAUGCAAAUGUUAAUGCUAAAUUCGGACAAGAAAUUUUUUUUAAGCACGUCAAAAACAGAGAAUGGUGUCCCGAUUUUGGAGACAAAAUGCCACUAGCUCCAUAUGCUGUUAUUUAUAAUAAACCAUUAAUAAUUGGUCUACUAAAAAAAGUCAACGUAGACAUUAUAAGCCUUAAAAAUAAAACAUUGCUGAUGUACGCUGUUGAAUACGCUGAUGACUAUACAUUAUGCAUUUUAGACAUUAUAUCACAUGUUAAAGAUCCUGGAUUGAUGGAUAAGUUGAUGAACCACCGCGAUGAUGAUGAUGUAUCACUAAUUCAUUAUCCAUUCCAUCCUAAAAAAUAUGGAAGAUUUCGAUAUCUUGGAAGUCGCAUGAGUAGUGAUGAUGUCCGUAUCUCCUCACGUUUUAUUAUUGAGCUACCAAAUUGGGGAGCUGAUAUGUACGCACUGAUAAAAAAUGACUCAGCAACAUUUUUGCCCAAUCUAUUAGCUUAUAGAAGUGAUCUGCUACUGAUGUAUGCUUUGCCUUAUUAUACUUCUAUGUCCUUAUCUAGAGUUUUAUACUACGCCACGGUUCCUAUAGAUAAAAAUUCUCAGCAUUUAAUAAAUACCAAUUCAGAGAGUGAGCGACUUGAUCAUCUAAAACGAAUUAGAAGAAAUCAAAAACUAUGUAUAGCUAUUAUUUUAAAAGAUCUGGUCUUUAGGAGUGUAUUCAGAUCACCUGUUCCAGAACAACAAGUUAAAUUGAAGGAUGAAUUAAUUGCCAAGGAUGAAUUUUUCAGGAAGAUUGUUAAUGUCUUCAAACUAGAUUUCAUUGAAAAAGAAUUUCAAGAACGUUUUAUUGAAUUUGGCGAAAAUAAAAUGACAAUGUGUGAUUUUUUAUUGCAAGUUUUUGAUGAUAAAAAAUUGAAAUUUUUGGCGCGAGAGGAGAAUUUAUCCGAUGCUCUGGAUAAAGUUGUAGAGCAAACUGAUAUUAAUUUGAGAUUUUCGUUCUAUGCGAUCUAUCAAGAUCCAAUCAAAAUCAGAAUAAAAGAUGCUAAGGAAAGAUUAAGACUUCUCGAAAAUUUGAAGAAAAUUUCAGCACUUAGAAAAGCUAUACCGUUACCCUUUGAACUGAUAUCCAGUAUCGCGAUACAACUCGACCCAGCUCCAGCUCCAGCUGGCACAGCGCACCAUAACCGCGAUCCCGAUGAUGAGAAGAAGAAGAAGAAGAAGAAGAAGAAAGCAAAAAAAGAUAAAUAUGAUUGCAGGGUCUCGGGUGAUUUCGGGAAUGAGCCGGGUCGUAGUUCACGUCCUCGAAAUUCCAGUGACAGUAUGACUUUGUAUGAUCUUGUGAUUAAGGUUUUUAAUAAAAAAAGUUUGAAAUUGUUGGUAAAAGAUGAUCAAUUUGUUAAAGACUACGAUCGUUUCCCUAUGAGCAAGAUCCGGAGAAGGUAUGAUCAGUUCUUGCUUCUUCAAACAAUGGAUUUAAAAAUUCUGACCGCUCAUAAGCGAAGGAAGAUUAUGGACAAAGUUGAGAAAAUUUCACAGCUCAAAAAAGUUAUUCCUUCGCCUUAUGAAGUUAUUUUGAUGAUUAUUGAGUAUAAUACCAUCAUGCCAAAAAUGCAUACAAAAUCUGUCAACAUGAUAAAAGCAGUGAAAAAUGGGGAUUGGAAUGUAAUUGACCAAUUCGUAGCCAAAGGUGGAGAUAUCAAUGCCAGUUUAAGGAAAACUGGACCCCAAGCGGGAUACACUGCUUUACAUUUCGCGAUUUUAAGUGGAAAUUAUAGAUUUGAUAUGGAACGAUUGAUAAAAACCUACGGAGUAGAUGUAAAUUGCGUAGGUGCUGAUGGUGCUCAGCCAAUUCAUCUAGCUUGUUUACAACAAAACUAUCGAAUCAUUCAAAUUUUAUUAGAAUCUGGUGCUGAUUCUAAUGCUGAGUUAACUAAAGUACUCGUUGAGAAAUACAAAUCUUCGCAGGAUUGGAAAUGGUCUGAUGAGUUUGGUAAGAUGACGCUCUUUGUUUUUUUUAACAUUAACUCAAAUUACCAGAUAUUAAGACAUUUAGUCCGAAACAAAGCCAACAUUGAAAUAACCGGGAAAAAUAACAAAACAUUGCUGAUGUAUGGUGCUCAAAGAGCAUGGCCGAAACAUUUAGAAGUGUUUACUGAAGAAUAUGGCAGUAAGUGCAAACCAGAAUUUAUCAAUGCUAGGGACGAUUAUGGACGUCAUGCUGUUCACUACUUACUGCCAAAUGAAAAGUUUGGGGAAUUUCGGUAUUUGAAAAAUACAUACAUAUCCCCCAUGGUAUGGGAGUUGAGAAGAGCUGGAGCAGAUAUCAAUGCAAUGAUCGAUAAUGAUCCAGACACUCUCUUACUCAACAAAGUGGCCUAUAGAUGCGACUACAGGAUGUUGGAGAAAUUUUUGGAACUUAGAUAUCCUUUUCCUGCUGAAGGUAGACCUUUGCACUAUUUUAUGAUUCCAGUUGAUCCUGAAAAGUUUGUUGAAAACUCCAAUGACAGAAGAGAGGUAGAAAAAAUACGAAAUAAGUGUCUUAAGUUAAUCCUGGAGAAUUAUACCCUGAGACGUGAAUUUGGAUUUUUUGUUCCGGAAGAAGAAAUAAAAUUAAUGGACCAACUAAUUGCUAAAAAGGCGGAAGUUAAAAAGAUUGUGGCAGACUUUCAGGAAGAUUUUAUUAAUACUUAUUUGUUUAUACCUUUCAGUGGCAGUAUGACUCUUUAUGCUCUUGUGAUUAAAGCUUUUAACAAGAGGAGUUUGAAAUUGUUGAUAAAAAAUGAUAAACUUGUUGAAGACUACGAUGACUUCUUUUUAAGCAAUAUCCGUGAUGAGUAUAAUGAUAAGUUUUGGCUUUUUAAUUCAAUAUUUUGUAAAGUUCGGCACGCUCAUAAGCGAAGACAGAUUAUGGAGAAAGUUGAAAAUAUUUCACAGCUUAAAAAAGUUAUUCCUCUGCCUUAUGAAGUCAUUUUCAUGACUGUUGAGGAUAAUAACAAAACAUUGCUGAUGUAUGGUGCUCAAAUAGCAUCAACGAAAUAUUUAAAUCUGUUUACUGAAGAAAAGGACAAUAAGUGCAGAUUGGAAUUUCUCAAUGCUAGAGACGAUCAUGGACGUCACGCUAUGUGCGCAGUUCUAUGA